GGGCCGGCGGGUGGGCUGGGGGGCACUGCCCGGUUGAGUGGCUUCGCUCAUCUGUGCAGCGAAUGCAUCGCUCCUCAGCCCCACAAGCUCUGCUGAUGCCCCUCACUCCCGACCCGCAGCCCCCUAGUAUCCCCCCAUACCUCAGUACUGCUCUGCUGAUGCCCCUCCCUCCCGACCCACAGCCUCUCCCUUCAGUACUGGUUCUCCCUUCUGGUUAGACAGCUAAUUAAAGGCACCAGAGCGGCCGCACCCGCUCAGCCUGAUGAUGCCCCGAGCCCAGGUGCGUCUCCCACCAAUUCCCUAUGCCCGUGAGGACAGUGUGACCGUCGCCCCACCCCUUCCUUUCCUGGGGGGCCGACCCUUCCUGACUCAGCUGGAGAGUCAGUGGCCACCCUGAGCCCCAGAUACAUCCCUGGCUUGUCACGGUCACAAACAAGGCUGAGACGCACCUGAAACUGCUCCGGCCGCACCCCGAACUCGGGGCUGGGGGCCCUGGCACAUGUUGCCCGUGGCCCGGCCAGCUGUGGGCAUUUGGGGCAGGAAUGGCUGGGGCAAAGCGAGGUGCCAGCUUCUCAAGGGGGAAGGGCUCACGCGGCAGCAGAAAGUGCUGUGGGGGCCCCUGGUGCCACACCCGCCCGUCACCCCGCCCCAGGCCUGCAGGGAUGGAGGCCCAGUGUGUGACCUCGCCCCACUAGGUUCCUGCCUAAAUCCAGAUCUCAGGAGAGCAGGCGCUGAUGCCAGGAUGAUGGGCUCCGGUACCAAGGAUGCAGGUUCCAACGCCAGGGUGAUGGGCUCCAGCAAGGGCUCCGGUACCAGGGAUGCAGGCUCCGAUGCCGGGGUGAUGGGCUCCAGUGAUGGCUCCGGUACCAAGGAUACAGGCUCUGAUGCUGGGGUGAUGGGCUCCGGUACCAGGGAUGCAGGCUCCGAUGCCGGGGUGAUGGGCUCCAGUGAUGGCUCCGGUACCAGGGAUGCAGGCUCCGAUGCUGGGGUGAUGGGCUCCAGCGUGAGCACCGAGGCUGGGCAGGCUGGCUGCGACGCUGGCACCAAUGCGGAGGCCGUGGACUCAGACACCAGGAGCCUCCCUUUGCCCGCCGUGAUCCCGGCGCUGUGCCCAGAAGCCGCGUUCCAGGGCCCCGAGGCCGAGCCCUACAUGCAUUUCCUGAGGAACCACCACUGCUAUGCCGCUGUCCCCACCAGCUCCAAGUUGCUGGUGUUCGACACCACGCUGCAGAUGAAGAAGGCCUUCCUGGCGCUGGUGGCCAAUGGGGUGCGGGCCGCCCCCCUCUGGGACAGCAAGCAGCAGUGCUUUGUGGGGAUGCUGACCAUCACAGAUUUCAUCAACAUCCUGCACCGCUACUACCGGUCCCCGCUGGUGCAGAUCUAUGAGCUGGAAGAGCAUAAAAUUGAGACCUGGCGAGGUAGGGAGAAGGGGGAAGAGGGGGAGGAGGGAAGUCUCUUGAAGCCCCUGGUCUCCAUCUCCCCCGAUGACAGCCUCUUCGACGCCGUCUACCGCCUGAUCAAGAACCGGAUCCACCGGCUGCCGGUGAUCGAGCCCGUGUCCGGGAACGUCCUGCACAUCCUGACGCACAAGCGCAUCCUCAAGUUCCUCCACAUCUUCGGAGCCAUGCUGCCCAAGCCGCGCUUCCUGCACAGAACCAUCCAGGAGCUGGGCGUGGGCACCUUCCGGGACAUCGCCCAGGUGCUGGAGACGGCGCCCGUCUACAUGGCCCUGGAGAUCUUCGUGGACCGCCGGGUGUCGGCGCUGCCCGUCACAAAUGAAGCCGGGGAGGUUGUGGGCCUGUACUCCAGGUUCGACGUGAUCCACCUAGCUGCCCAGAAGACCUACAACAACCUGGACAUGAGCGUACGGGAGGCGCUGAAGCGGCGAACGGUCUGCCUGGAGGGGGUGCUCACCUGCCACCCCCACGAGACCAUGGGCGACGUCAUCGACCGCAUCGUAAAGGAGCAGGUAGGACUCCAAUCCUGCUCCCGGCCUCCGGGGCCAGUGCUGGGCCGGGCCCCUGGACCCGGGCCCCAUCUGAGCAUCCGCCUGUCCCCCCGCUCGGCUUCAUCUGUCCCCGGACUCGCUUCCCUCACCCCGACUCCAGCACUGCCCCAGGUCUCCUGGCAGAUCCUAGGCAUCAGCCGGCAUUCGCUCUGA